AGAGAUGAGAAUGGUACAAAAUUCAUAAACCCUAAAAUUUUAAAAAUCCAAAGUCUGUCUUCGUCUCCUACCUCGAAUCAAUGUUCCCCAAAUCCGUAGCUGUUAGUAGAGUUAUUUCGAAAUUCAUACAAAAUUUAUCUGGUUUAAGUAGGCUCUGUUCUUCUUCUUCUUUAGCUACGAUCGCCGAGAGCCCUUGCCAACCAAGAUGUGACGUAGUAGUCAUCGCUGAUCUCAUAGAGAAGCAGCACUGGUCAAAGCUUGGAUUCCAUGUGAAAGACAUACACCCUAACGAGCUCUUUCGACAGCUGAUUAGUUCUGAGCUUGACCCAGAUUUGUGUCUCAGGUACUAUACCUGGUUACUGAAGAACGGUAACAUCUCUGUUUCGCUAGAGCUCACAUUUAAGCUCUUGCAUUCUCUUGCUAUUGCGAAAAGAUACUCAAAGAUCCGAUCUUUUCUUGAUGGGUUUGCCAGAAAUGGUUCUGAUCAUCCGGUUCACUCUAUUCUCCAUGCCAUUUCAAUGUGUGACAAUGUUUGCGUCAGUUCGAUUAUAGUUGAUAUGUUGGUAUUGGCCUAUGCGAAUAAUUCGAGAUUCGAGUUAGGUUUGGAGGCGUUUAAGCGUUCAGGUUACUAUGGGUAUAAGUUAUCGGCUUUGUCUUGUAAGCCUUUGAUGAUUGCGUUGUUGAAGCAGAAUCGUUCUGCUGAUGUUGAGUAUGUAUACAAGGAGAUGAUUAGGAGGAAGAUUCAACCAAAUCUGUUCACUUUCAAUGUCGUGAUCAACGCCUUGUGCAAAACUGGUAAAAUGAAUAAAGCUAGAGAUGUUAUGGAGGACAUGAAAGUGUAUGGAUGUUCUCCAAACGUAGUCAGUUACAAUACUCUCAUCGAUGGGUACUGUAAGCUUGGUGGAAUUGGGAAAAUGUAUAAAGCAGAUGCUGUUUUGAAGGAAAUGGUGGAGAAUAAGGUGUCCCCAAACUUGACGACGUUUAAUAUACUGAUUGAUGGGUUUUGGAAAGAUGACAACCUUCCGGGGAGUAUGAAAGUGUUUAAAGAGAUGUUGGAUCAAGAUGUGGUACCGAAUGUGAUCACUUAUAAUUCACUGAUAAAUGGUUUGUGCAGUGGAGGUAAGAUAAGCGAGGCUAUUGGUAUGUACGAUAAGAUGGUCAGCGCAGGUGUACAGCCUAACUUGAUUACUUACAACUCUCUUAUAAACGGGUUUUGCAAGAACGAUAUGCUGAAGGAAGCUCUUGAUAUGUUAGAGUUAGUAAAAGGCCAAGGAUUUGUUCCCACUGCUAGAACUUAUAACAUGCUGAUCGAUGCGUAUUGUAAGUUAGGGAAAACCGUUGAUGGCUUUGCACUGAAAGAAGAGAUGGAACGAGAAGGGAUUGUACCAGACAUUGGAACUUAUAAUUGCUUGAUUGCUGGUCAAUGUAGAGACGGUAACAUUGAAGCAGCUAAGAAGCUUUUCGAUCAGUUGACUAGUAAAGGACUUCCUGAUCUAGUAACGUAUCACAUACUAAUGGAGGGUUAUUGCAGCAAAGGUGAAACAAGAAAAGCGGCGAUGCUUUUGAAAGAAAUGUCAAAGAUGGGUCUGAAACCGAGACAUCUGACAUAUAACAUUUUGAUGAAAGGCUACUGUAGAGAAGGAAAUCUGAAGGCAGCAACGAACUUGAGGACACAGAUGGAGAAAGAAAGGCGGUUGUGGAUAAAUGUAGCAUCAUAUAAUGUGCUUCUACAAGGAUAUUCCCAAAAAGGAAAAUUGGAGGAUGCAAACAUUCUUUUGAAUGAGAUGUUGGAGAAAGGUCUAGUCCCGAACAGAACAACCUAUGAGAUAGUUAAAGUAGAAAUGGUAGAUAAAGGUUUCGUCCCAGACAUUGAAGGCCAUCUAUUUAACGUCUCUACUAAAUCAUAAUCUUUCAGUGACCAGCAUGAUUUGCUUUUGCUUCCUGGGCUCACCAUAAUCAAUCUCUCACUCCCACAGAAAAUUAUACUCAGUUUUAGUACUUAAGCCAAUGCCAAAGAAGAGAUAUUGAUUGAGAGGACGUGGAACCAGACCCUGUGAUGUUCGCUGCUAUGCUUCAAGAAGAGAGAGUUCAGAUUUUGUAACUUAACCGUUUUUGUAAAUUACACGAAAUUUGUAUAAGUUUGUGUUUGUCUUAAUAGAUUGCCUGUGAUAGUGAGAUCAUACAAUUAACUGAA